UAACGGCCUAACCCCUGUAAUAGCAGCAUCGUGUCAGUGCUAUUAGUGACGUCUAUCGACGUUGCGGCUGUCGCGGGUAACGAGAGGCGAAAAGAAAGGGAGAAAAGAAGGAAAUAGGCGAAAAGAAGAACUAUUACCCCGGGGGUGCGCGCGGAGACACCGUCGAAAGAUGUAAACGUUCCUCGGGCCCAGCCGAGUCUUACCGAUCGUGGAAACUGUAUCCGGAAUUUUUGUGAGAUCGCCGCGUGAUAGUCGGCCGUGUGCCGUUCACGAUCGAUCGAUCGUUCGUUCCCUAACGUUCGUUCGUUUGAUAUGCGAUUGCCGGGCCCGUCCUCUUCGCCCGGUAUGGAAGGUGCGAUCCCAUACGCCGUGCGCGACCGUUCUUAACGACGUGCCGGAUAAAUUUAAUCGUGACCGCUUGCUGCUGCAUUUGGGUUAACAUCGAUCGAAGUCCACCCGUGCCGGCUUUCUAGCUUUUAGAGUCGGGAAGGGCUCGAUUGUUAGAUCGCCGCGUGUGACACUCGCAACGAGAUAUGCCCUGCGCCGGAAAUCUUUCGCCCAGAUUUUCGAUUCGCAGCAAUACAAAUCUCCCGCGUCUCGUAUACGGUGAAUGCACCACAUGUAUUCCUCGAAGAAAGGCGAUCCCCUCUGCCCCCUUGGCUUUCAUCCUCAAGUGCGAUGGCCCACUCGCUGCAAGAGAUGCUUCAGGGAUUACAAGGAACAUGGUGGUAAAAGGGAUAGUCUGAGGGACAUCACGUCCUCCACACCGAGUCUUUCGUACGAGCAAUCGUCGGGCCGAUCCGCGGAAAAUGGCAAAAGAGUUUGGUCGUCCGCGACGAAUUUGGCGAAAGCCGAUUUCAAGAAUAGCAACGAAACGUCGGCUGCAGCAGCCGGAUGGACGUCGCUCAUGGAUCUGUCUGCGAUCGAUAAGGAAGAGGAAAGGAAGGAAGCCAGAAGACCGUCGAAAUUGCAAAUCAAAGAGGUCAUUGAUAACAGCAACCAAAGCGCCUCUGCAAACGACGUCGAAUUUAUAAUUCAGGUGAAGAAAUCUCGGACGCCGAAGAAUCCUGUACAGAACGAUGAUUGCCAGACGGAAGAGAGCGAGUUGGCGAGGUUGAAGUUCCAAGUAAGCGAAUUGCAAACGCGAUGCGAGAAAGCGGAGAAAGAGAAAAGUGAGAUACUGAUGAGACGGUUGUCCACCAUGGAAACAAUAUCGAGCAAAUCUUCGCCGAACGAAGUACAAAAGUUGCAAAAGAGAAACGAAGGUUUGAUACAAGAAAAGACCAGUCUGAUGACGAAGAUCAGAGAGCUGGAGAAAGAAGCGAAUACGAAGGCAUUUAGAGGCGAAAGGGACAGGGAGAAAGAUGAACUUCGCUCGAAGCUAAAAGCGGCGGAAAAUCUAUGCGAGUCUUUAAUGGACGAGAACGAGGACAUGAAGAAAGAGAUACGGCAACUGGAAGAAGAAAUUUACGAGCUGCAGGACACUUUCAGGGAUGAGCAAGCGGACGAGUACGUCCGUCUGCGAAAAAGUUUGGAACAGUCGAAUAAAAAUUGUCGAAUUUUAUCGUUCAAGCUGAGAAAAGUGGAGCGUAAGGUCGAGGAGUUGGAGACCGAAAAAACAACCCUGGAGACGAAGUAUGAACAGGUGAAAAAGGUCGACGAGACCUUGCAGAAGAUUAAAAACGAUUUCCAAAAUCGGCCGCAGAAAAAGGCAACCGAUUUCACGACCAAAGUACAAUUGAAGAAACUGGUGGACGAAAUGGAGAAAGAAAUAGGAGACAUGAUGACUGUUUUUACAAAUAUUUCCGAGGGCAAAGAAGUAGACAUUCAGGAACUAAAAUUCAAGGAUCACAGCAAGUAUGAUGAACUUCUAAAGGAGCACGAAUUACUGAAAGAGAAGCUCGAAUCUGUGACGAAAGAGCUGUCCCAUGAAAAAGAAAAGAAAAAGCCGCAGCCAUCUCUGAAAGGAGAUGAUAAAAAUGCAGAACUACAGAACAUGAAGAAGAAAUUGGACGAAGCUGCAUCAUUGAGGGAUGUGGAAAGAAAAGCAUGGGACGACGAAAAGUCAUCCUUAUCUGAAGAGAAAGAGAAACUAAAGUCAAAGCUUCUGUCACUUUCUGCAGAGAAAUUGAAAGUGUACAAUGAAGUUGUUCAAUUGAAGAAGGAUUUAGAAAUGGCCAAGUCUUCGGAGAAGGAUGGAGUGAAAUUAGAGAAAUCGAUAACUGAACUGAAGAAGGAACUGACGCAGGAACGUGACAGAUGUAAAAAAUUACAGGAUGAUUUGUCAGCGUACACGGAAAGGGAGUCGAAAAUGACGCAGUCGAUGUCUUCCGUUGAACAAACGAAGACCAAGCUGGACGCUGAAGUGAAACGGCUGAAGAAAGAACUCGAGAACGCAAAGUCCUCGAACGCUACGAAGAUAAAUGACAUGACGGCCGAAAUGUCACAACUGAAGAAAGAAAAGGAGAACGUGCAACGUGAAUUCGAUCAAGAGAAAAAGUCGAAGGAGUCCGAAGUGGCCGAGCUGAAGAAGAAGAUCAGUUCGUUGGAGAAGACUGGAAUGAAUACAAAGAAAAUAAACGAGAUGAGACAGACGUAUAACGAGAAGAUUUUGAUGUCUUAUAUUACAGAUCUGGAGAACGAGCUGAAGAAGGGUCAACAGGAGUACAACAGUCUCAGUGAAAAGCACAACGUGCUUCAGAAUUUGAAGAAAGAGUCUGAAGGAGAUAACGAGGCUCUUAAUAACAAGCUGAGAGAGCAAAACAUAGAAUUGAGCGGCAUUCGCAAGGAAUUGGAGACCUUACGGCAAUCUUUGAAAUUGAAAGAGAGUGAAUGGAAGUCUGAGAGAGCUACCUUCGAGAGCCGACUGAAGGAAAGCGAAUUGCCGAACAAAGCUUUAAUAACAGACCUGAACAAUAAUAUUAGCAAUUUGAAGAAAGAGAACAAUACGUUAGUCACGCGAUUAGAAGACAUAAGAAAAGCAAAUGAUGAUCUUUCGGACAAGCUAAAAGAUUACGAAGCCGUUUCGAAGAUCCAUCAAGCUAUAACUCCGGACACCAUGGCGCUUGAAUCCGAAAUACGAAAGUUGAAAAUCGCCUUGGAGAACAUGGAGAAAUCGAAGAAGGCGGACCUUGCUCAAUGCAAAAUGCGGUACGAACAUAGGAUCACCGCCAUCAAUGAUGAGAUCCAAACUAUCCAAAACCAACUGUCUCGGUACAAACGCGAACGCGACACUUAUAAACAUAUGCUUGAAGGCGCCCAAAAAACUAUCGCAGAUCUGAAAUCUGCAAGGAGUAGACACUCAAACGUAUCCUCCGGAAAGUCUGACGAGGAGGAAGAAAUAUCCGGUACCAACAAAUUGAUUCUAGAAAGACAGAUCAACAGCCUGGAGGAUGAACUUUCUGAAGCAAGAUUAGAAACUUCUAGGCUGAAGGCUGAAUUGGUAUCUGAGAAGUCAGCCAGUCACGUUAAAGUAUCUGAACUUCAGUCACGAAUUAACGAGCUGGAAGAAGAACGAGUACUCACAAGUGGCAGAACGAAAAUUCCAGGUUUGAAAGUUCGUAUGGAAUUAGCGUGGCAAAAAGAGAGGGAAGAGCACCAAAGGCUUCUGCAGGAAACAGCUACUUUAGCAAGAGAUUUACGACAAACAUUGUUCGAGAUUGAGAGGGAACGUUCCAAGGAACGUUUGGAGAAUAAGAGACGACAAGAUCAGUUGAAGAAAGUAUACGAUGAAGAGAAAGAAGAAAGCAGGAAGAAAUUAUUAGAAUUACAAUGUGAUUUACUUGAACUGAGGGAUGCUCACGCGAAAUUGAGGACCAGUAAUGAAAAAAUGAGACGCGAGAAGGAACGACAUGAGAAGGAGCGAGAAGAGCUCAGAGAUGCAAUUACGAAAAAAUCUAGACAAGAGCAAACUGAAUUACGAAAUAUCAAUGUAUUAUUGCAACAAGUCAAUGAUUUAACAAAACUGUUCCCUGAAUUGAACGGCAUAGCUGAAAACGGAACUUCGAGUACAUACACACCCACUCCGCCUAGGCGAUUAAAGGGACCAAAAUCAAGAGAAUCGUCGCCACUGUUGGACUCAAAGAGCGAUCUAAGAGGAUCGAAUUCACAACUGGGUGAAAGGACAGAUAAGUUGGAAUACACUAUUAAAAAAUUAAUGGACGUGGCCAGAGAGUUGAAGGAUUCAAAGAAAACUGCAGAUGAAACGAACGUGAUGCGGAUGAAAAAACUUGGUAAAAGAUCAACGUCCGUAGAGAGUGAUCCGGGAAAAGGCGUGACAACGAACCGUUCCAAGCCGCGAUUGCAAAGGAAAAGUUUAUCUUUAGAACAGACAGCUCGGAACGAAGAGUCGCAACGUAUAUGGGGCACCGAUAGCAACUUAUCCAGUUUGCAGUCGCUAGAAAGUUCGGAUAUUGAAGGCGGAACUAUGAGCUUGCAGAGAGAUUCCAGUGUGGAUAGUCGCCUCUCAACUGGUUCUACAAAAAGUGAAAUGUUAGAACGAGAUAAGAAACAUAGCAAAGGUUUAAUGAAGAAACUCACGAGUAAGUUGACUAAAUCGGCCAGCGUGGACGAUCCAAAUGUUUCCAUAGAUCUUCAGACGUCCGGUUCCGAGACCAGUAUCAACGAGAAGACUGAGAAGAAAAAUCUAAAGAAAAAAUUAACGGACAUGUUCAAAAGAGGUUCUAGAAGUAGCAGUGUCGAAAAGAAGCUGAACUCCACAAAUCACAGCAGACCACCUUCAAGGAACUCUAUGACAUCGAGCAAGUAAUUGUACAACGUUAUUGUACAAAUGUCUGACAACAAAUGACGCUACGAUUAAAGAGAAAAUAAAGAUUGCUCAAUUUCGCGUAUUAGAGCAUAUACAAAAAUAUAUAUAUAGAUACAUACACACACACACACACACAUUGUAUAUAUAUAUAUAUAUUUUUGUACAUAUCGGAUGUGCCUUUACUGAUUGUAAUUACAAACUUGUACUUGUAAUUGCAGGAGCAUUUUCAAACUGUUAAUUAAAUGUAAACACGGUGCUGCAGACAAGGAAAAAUCAUACAAUAAAGAAACAAUGCGCCUGUUAUUAUUACAAUA